CUAGCACUCGAUUUCUCCCACUCUCUCCCCCAAAUGGUCGAGAAUGCUCCAACCAAAGAAACUCCUUACUUUAUCUAAAAUGUUUAUCUAAAAAGAGGUAAAAAGAUAGGAAGUUACUGGGAAGCAACUUUCAUUUCGAGGUCGCAAUUUGUGACCCAGUUUAACUCAUCCUUGAAUCAUCGAAAUACAUUUGACAGAGAUAUAUAAAUGGACUUGGCUGUGUCACUAAUUUGGCCCCAAUAAAGCUGAGAAAUGAAGCCAGAACAGUUUGGUUUAAAUAUUAUCUAAAUAUGUACGUUCGUGAUAACAAACCUAAAUUUUGAUUAUGUGUCGCGGUGAUUAAGCGAAAGGUUCCAGUACAAUUUAAAGUACUUACAUGAUCAGUCAUUCAAUCACUUUUAUUAAUCUAAGCUCUGUCGCUAACUCAACUCUUAGGUUGGUUUUACUUGUUCAGUCAAGUGAAUGGUUUAUGAGCUCGGCAUUCAUAAUAAAUAGAUUUUAAACUUGCAAUUUAAGUGCUUAUUUCCUGGUUAUUAUUGUGCAUCAAUGUUUUUUGUUGAUGUUGAUCAAACAUCAUUAUAAGGACUGUGGUGUAUGUUAUCGUGUCCCGUUUCUGGGCAUUGUUUGUCGCGUAGGUCACUGAUUAGGGAGUCGCCUCACUUUAUUGUGAACGAGGUUGUUCCACUUUCAGGUUCGAAGAUGUUGACCUCCAAGUGCUUUCACAUCUUGAUAAUCCUUGCGCUGGGGGCUCUUCUCCUGGAGGAGGCGGAUGGACUAGCAAGAGUUGGUCGAAGCACACCCACCGGUAAAUCCAAGAGGUCGGAAGAAGAAGGGUCCGAGUCGGCUGAGUCUGCUGCGGACGAGGGCGUGGAUGAGACCGCGGCGGACGAGGGUGGCGAAUCGGAGGAGACCGAGGGGGAGGAGGAGUCCGGAACAAGUGGUGAAGCAACUGGAAAAGGAGUCAAUGGGGAAUGUUCCAAGGUCUACGAUUUGGUGACUACUGGCCCAGUCCAUAUCGAUGCCGGGUCGCAAAAAAAUUGCAAUUUUACCAUAUUAGGCACUCCCAAAUGCCAGCCUGAGAUCCGGUGUCGAUCAAUCCAGCUGCAUGGGGAGGAUGGUGAGGAAUGCGAGGAUAGCUACCUCGAGAUUUCUGACGGCUGGGGUGGAAAUCACAGAGUGUGCGGCAAGAGUUCGUUGGACAAGAGGGGCGUCCGAGCAUCAUACGGGGCGAGGGACCUCUUCAUCACGGUGAAGGGGCAUUCAGGAGGUAAAGUGCAGUGUGAGGCGUCAUGUGGGCUUGGGCGAAAGGGCGUCCUCCCAGACCUCCUCUCCAAAACCAAGAAGAAGAAGAUUGAUAACCGAUGCGUGUGUGGAAUCCAGAACCUGGAUGACCGUAUUGUGAAUGGUGAGGAUGCCAAAAAGUUUGAAUUCCCAUGGCAAGGUGCUGUGGUAGAGACUGGGACGCGUGAACCCACUUGCGGAUCUGCCCUCAUCAAUGAUCGAUGGAUUUUAACCGCGGCUCACUGCUUCUGGUUCACAAAUACGACAGCGAACCAAAUCCAAGUCUUACUUCAUGCUCACCUGCUAGAUUUUACGAAAACGGAUGCUGCCAACGAUAAGGCAGAAUUGGGGGAGCAAGGGUCAAUAAAAGGAUCUGGGUGGAACAAAAAAGCUGUGACGGAUGAAGAUGAACGCACGAUUCGCCUGGACAUUGCAGAGAUCAUUAUGCACCCCUUGUUCACGGAGGAGUAUGACUUUGACGUGGCUCUUCUUCGCCUGGCACACCCAGUCGAUUUGGCUUCUAUUGAAGCCACUCCCAUCUGUCUCCCAAAGGUCGGGGAUCGUCGCACUUUCGAUGGGACUAUUCCGAAAGUCGUGGGGUGGGGGUUGCCUGAAGAGACGGCCGGCGCCACAACGCGCCUACUGCAGAAACUGGACGUCCCUGUCCUCCCUAUUGACGACUGUGCAGCAAUGAUGGAAUCGGAACUCUCGGACAGAAUGCUGUGUGCAGGAUACCCUGACGGAAGUCACGACUCCUGCACUGGUGACAGUGGUGGUCCACUUGCAUUGAAGCAGGCUAACGGUCAAUUUCUGCAAAUUGGUAUUGUGAGCUGGGGUGAGGGUUGUGCCAGAAAGGACCGUCCGGGAAUAUACAGUCGUGUCACUGAUUUGGCUGAUUGGGUGCAGUACCACGUUCGAAAAUCCAACCCAAUCUGGUGUCGCGAAUCCAUGGACGAGAAGGACAAAUAGAAAAAUGUUCAAUUGUUCAAUUGUCUCCUUCAUUUUCAUUUUUAGUGGAAUGAAAAAUUGUUGCGUUGA